GAAAAAAUCCUCCAGCGAUGGUUAACUGCCAUUUUUUAAACACUUGUAGCAGCAGCUCACCCCCAUCGAUCUUUCCCACCACCACUACAAUCUCCUCCUCCUCCUCCCCCUCCUCCUCUGUGGUUUCCAUCAAGUCUUCACUAAAAUGCGCAUUCCCAGUUAUCAGAAACAAUAUCGCAUUUGCAUCUUGUCGGCGUCGUCGAGUCAUUUGCGCGGCUGCGUCUACGCGUAAAAGUAGUAGUAGUAGUAGUCCUGACUACUAUAAAGUUCUUAAUGUUCGUAAAAACGCUACUUUGCAGGAGAUCAGGAGCUCCUAUAGAGCACUUGCUCGUAAGUAUCAUCCAGAUAUGAACAAGGGUGCUGGAGCAGAAGAGAAGUUCAAAGAAAUAGGUGCUGCAUAUGAGGUCUUAUCAGAUGAAGAGAAAAGAUCAUUAUUUGAUCGUUUUGGGGAGGCAGGUUUACGAGGGGAAUAUGAUGGAUCAGGUACUGGUUACCAGGAGGUGGACCCGUUUGAUGUGUUUGGCACCUUUUUUGGGGAUGCAAAUGGUUUUUUUGGCGGGAUGAAUGAAUCAGGAGGCAAUAAUUUCAAUUUGAGGAGCAAGGGCAGCCAUGCCCUGAACAUUCGGCAUGAUAUCUUUUUGAGCUUUGAAGAAUCGAUUUUUGGGGGGAAAAGAGACAUUGAAGUUUCCUGCCUUGAGACAUGUGACUAUUGUGGGGGAACAGGAGCUAAAUCAAGCAAUCAUAUAAUAUUAUGUAACCACUGUGGAGGUAGAGGAGCAGUGGCAGAAACUCAGAAAACGCCAUUCGGGGUGAUGUCUCAGGUAUCUACUUGCUCAACGUGUGGUGGUGAUGGUAAGAUCAUAACUGAAUUUUGUAAGUAUUGUCGAGGUGAAGGUAAUGUCCAAUCAACUAGAAGUAUCAAAGUGGUAAUACCACCUGGUGUGAAUGAUGAAGCUACCAUGUGCAUAGAAGGGGAGGGAAAUGUUGACAACAAAAGGAAUAGAGUUGGUGAUUUGUAUUUAGUCCUUCAUGUUAAUCAAAAACGUGGAAUACGAAGGGAUGGUCUUGAUCUUUACUCAGAGAUUAAUAUUGAUUAUUCACAAGCAAUAUUAGGUACUGUUAUUAAGGUUGAAACUGUGGAUGGUCUAAAAGAUCUUCAAGUUCCUUCUGGGAUUCAACCUGGGGAAACCAUAAGACUGUCAAGGAUGGGAGUUCCAGAUGUCAAUAAGCCUUCUGUUAGAGGCCAUCAUCACUUCAUUGUGAAUGUCCAGAUCCCGAGAUACAUCAGCAAUGAGGAGCGCCUAUUGGUUGAAAAGUUGGCGGCAAUACGACAUCACGUAACUAAUGGACGACAGGAUGAUACCUUUGACAAAUAUAAAAGAGAUUUUGCUUCAAGCUACACUAGCAAAAAGCUUGCUACGUCUUUAUGGAACUCAAUCCGGGACAUAUUCGGGGGCAAACAAUCUGGGGAUCAAUUUAGUUCUGCAAGCAUAUGCACAGCCGUAUACUGGAAACGUUCUUCACCAAGUUCUUCAACAAUGGUUCUUACUGCUAUAGUUCUUAUCUUCACAUGUAUAUUUAAAUCUGCACGUAGAAACGGCAGCAAAACUAAGAAACAAGAGAGAUAGAUUGGACAGAAAUGGC